AGAUGAUGAAUAACACAACAUCAUUACGCGUGAUUCGAGUGGAGCAAUUCAUACACUAGCUCUUAUCUGCCUUGAAUAUUGCCAGUCGCGGGAAUUCACACAACAACAUCGAUCAGCGGGUGAUCAGACCAGUUGCGUCAAAAUUCUUGCGUCGUAUAGUUUGGAAAGACAAUGAAGGCAAGCAAAUGUUGCUGAAACUAACCUUCGUGAGUUUUGUGUUGUUUUGGGGCUGGUCAAAUGCUUUGUAUUUGAGGUUAGCCUUGAAUGACAGCUGCGUCACUCCGGCGGGACAUCACGGACGCUGCCUGCCAGUGAAAGAUUGCCAAUAUAUCCGUGAUGUGAUUCACAAACCGGGAUUCACCAAAGAAGAUCAGCAGUAUUUGGAUCAGUUUCGCUGCGGGAAGUUAUCGGGAUCGCGGAAACUGUUGACCUGCUGUCCCGAGUUCCAAAGUGUUGACGGAUGUGGUCGGUUGACGUUGAGGAAUAACAUCAUCGGUGGACAGGAGACGGAACCUGACGAGUUUCCCUGGACGGCCAUGCUGGUUUACGCUAUGGGUGAUCGUCGGUUUUAUCGUUGUGGUGGAGCUUUGAUCAACUAUCGAUACGUACUGACUGCAGCCCAUUGCGUGGAUAGUUUGGGUCGGAUGCAGCUGGAAGCUGUUCGCUUAGGUGAGUGGGAUCUAAGCACAGUGUAUGAUUGCAAGGAGGAGGAAUUCGGCAGAAUGCGUUGUAACAAGUUUUCCCAUCGGGACUUUGCAAUUGAAAAAGUUGUUAUCCACGAAGAAUAUUCUAGCAAAAAUUUGAACAAGGAGCACGACAUUGCACUGUUGAAGCUGGCUAAGUCAGCACCCCGUACAGAUUCCAUACUGCCAAUAUGCUUACCAACUGCGGAAAUGGUUAGUCAAAUGAAAAUUGAAGAUGAGUUGUUUGAUGUUGCCGGUUGGGGGGCUGUGGGAUCGGAAGCGCCACGAAGCGAUCGUAAAAGAAGGGUCACGCUUCCCGGACAGAAUCUGUCCAUGUGUCAGAUUGCGUAUUCAGAGGCCAACGUGAGCUUCACGGAGAAUCAGCUGUGCGUUGGUGGAACGGUUGGCAAGGACAGUUGCAGAGGAGACUCGGGAGGUCCGCUAAUGAUAAUCAUCGACAAUCGUUGGCAUUUGGCCGGAGUGGUUAGUUUGGGUGCCGUCAAAUGUGGUAUAAAGGGUGUUCCUGGGAUCUAUACUAGACUGGGUAGCUAUUUACCUUGGGUGGCCGCUAAGAUGGAGGAAGCGGAUAGGAUUUUCGUUGAACCAGUGUGACAAAAAUAAACAAUUAUCUAACCAGCCGUCAUGGACCCCCGAUACGGAAUAACAGCAACCUUUAACGGGUUGAUGGUGACAUCCACCAUCCCAAAACAACGUUUACGACAACCGAACCGGAGGGAGGCAAAUUUUCCGCUUAGUUGCCGUCGUUUCAACCGUGGCACUAUGACCGAUGAAGUGCCGUGUAAUGAAUUACCUUCCGGAAUAAAUCAUAAAUAAUUAUAGAGUUCGGAGCGACGAUCCGGAAAACGAUACCCUUCAGUAGUAUAACAGUGUAGUGGCGUCGUAAGGAUUGAUUGUCGUGAAUAUAGGCCUUCUUCAAACCAUGGAUGGGAUAGUGAAUAUAUUUUUUUCCUCAAGUUCGCCAAUUGAAUUUAAUUUGCACCCUUGUGUACUUACCUUGAGUGUGUGUGGUAAAAAUAAGACGUUUUCAGUAGGCCAGUUAUUUCACGGUCGCACAGAGGAGUAACUGGGGUCGAAUCCUGGCCAAAACUAUUUAUUGCGGCUAUUACUGUUAUUAUGCCUUAAUAAGAACUAAAAAUAGAAAAUAACUAGUUUUUGGGACAAUUUGGCAUCUAUCCACCUACCAGUGCAGAGGUCAUUUUUCUAGAUCCUUCCGAAUACUAGUAUUUUCGAGGUGAUCUUUGUGAAUACAUUUGUUUUUCUCGAUGCAUGAACAGGUCAGUGGAAAAGAGAGAAGAAAAGGGAUACCUGUGCACAUAUUCAUAGAUAUACAUUUUGCCAAACAUAGUAUUUGGCCCUACAGCAUUUUGGCGUACCUCAAAUUAGUGGAAAUAUCAAUAUUUUCAAAUCGCUUGGAAUUCGUGGAUCGAAAAAGAUCGUAAGAGAUUGAAUGUUUUUCGGAUAGCCGGAAUCUUGUUUUGUAAUGUUGUUUCAGCAACUUUGCCGGAUCUUGCCGUAUAAUGUAACUUUUUUAUCAUUCAAAUUUGGAAUAAAAUGUUUAAAAAGGUGUUUCUAAAGUUGGUCCAAUACACAGAAACACUACUAUUUUCGGUUAUUUUUAAGCUGAGUUUACACAAAUAGUUGUGUUCAAUUACGUUUGUUAUAAUGUUGUUUUAUUUAAUACAGUCAUCAUCAUUAGAAAGUUAUUUUGCUGGAUAUAUAAUAAAAAAUGAAUAAAAACCCCUUAAAAUAUCACCAAUU